AUAUAACCAACAAAUGACACAUUUUUGUUUUGAGUGCCAUAUGUCAUUGAAAUAUUGGGUCUUUUCCAGUUUUAUUCUUUUUUUUUAUUUUUUAAAUAAAAUAAAUCAUUUAACAACUAUAUCAAACAAAUCGAGUUUUUAUAGAAAUGUGUUUGAAUUAGUGGCUUAAAGGCAGAUUAUCACCAUGAAAUCUAAUCGUUUAUAUUAUGUCCAACGUGUAUAUCACAUAAAGAUUAACAAUAUUCGUCCGAUAACGAUUCGCAGCCUAUAUAAAUCGGUUUAAAGAACAGCCAUGAAUUAGUCUAAGCAAUCAAACCCUUUGUGGCGAUUGUUUUUAUCGCAACGUUUAUUUAUUUUUGUCUAUUGUUGAACAAUACGCGGGCGGCAUGCGAUAAUAUGGUGUCCUUUAAGUUUAAGUUCGGUGUAGUUUUAGGAGUAUUAUUAAUUAGUGGAAAUUUAGUAUCUAGUCAAUGGCAGGAAGAACCAAUCAACUGCUACGUUUGUGAAGGAAGUUCGUGUACUAGUCAAUUGGGAAACCUCAAUAAAUGUGGCCCAGUUGAAGGAAAACAAUCAUGUGCCACAGUUUUUAGCCAGAACUCAACGUCUGUUCUAGCUCGAGGAUGUAGCGAAAAUAUCAAUGCAGCGUACAAGAGUUAUUGUGAGGGCAAUAGUGACAAAUGCCUGAGUUGUUCAUCGAAUGGUUGUAAUGCUGCCAAAGCCUUAAGUGAUUACGUCAAAUGUCUUUCAUGCGACUCUCAGACCGAUGAGAAUUGUGUAAUCAAUCCAAAGUCAAUUAAAAGCACAAAACUCUGCCAUAAGUCAUGCAUGGUAGCAAUGUAUGCACGAAAUGUGACAGAUUCACAAUCAGCAUAUGAACUGUCAAGAUCAUGUUUAGAUGACAAAGAUCUAGAUGAACGGGAAAUGUGUUCGAAGGGAAAAGACGCUUUCUGUAAGGCAUGCAAAGGUGACAAAUGUAACGUCGACUUUCUACCGGAAAAUCGUUUAAAAUGCUACAAAUGCUUAGGCGACUGUGAAGAUUCAAAAAGUGAAUAUUGUGCACGGUUUAAAAAAGACGACCAGUGUUAUUUCAAAUUCGACGAACAAAAAGAUCUCAUUGAAUUGGGAUGUGGCAGUGAUUUAGAUUCUCAAGAUCUGGUUGCACAAGUUAAAAGCAAAAAUCUCCUGCUCUGUGAUGGACCAGAAUGUAAUUUCUUUGACAAAAUCCCACAAGCAUCACACUGCAAAGUUUGUCAUUCUGCAACCGAUAUAAAUUGUGCUAUUGAUCCAACUCAAAUAGGAAAGAUUGUUACAUGCAACAUGCCCUAUUCACAAUGCUAUUCUAUGGUAUCUGAUGGUGGAAAAACAAUUCGAGGAUGCAUAAAUGAGUUGCAAGAUGAAUCAUUUUAUCAAUGUUUGAUCGAUGGAGGCAAAAACUGUCAAGCAUGCAGUGGGGAAAAUUGCAACGAAAAAGAAUUCGAGAAUCUUGUGGAGGUUAAUGAAAAUGACGUCUCGAGCCUCAUUGGAGAAUCUGUAGGUGAUCCUGGUCAUUGGCAAGGAUUGCCACUUAAUUGCUACACUUGUGAAGGAGAACAAUGUGCUUCAUCCAAUGGUCCCGUAAAAAAAUGUAUAGACAACGAUUUGCAGACGUGUGUGACAAUUUUCAGUCAAUCUGGUACAGUUGUAGCCCGAGGAUGCAGUGAUGAUGUGACCCAAAAUUACGAAGACUAUUGUACAACUAAUCCAAGCGAUUGCAUUCAAUGCAAAUCAAGUGGAUGUAACAUAGCUGUUAGCAAGAAUGAUUACAUUGAUUGUAUUUUUUGUGACGCACAAACUAAUCCGGAUUGUACUUUUGACGUUCAAAAUGUCAAAAAUGUUCGGAAAUGUCACAAGGCUUGCAUGACUGCUUUGUACCCUAGGACAACUGACGCUGAUCCCUCAUACAAUUUAGAACGAACCUGUCUGGAUGAUAAGGAUCUAGACGAUCGUGAAGUUUGCAAUGAUUUAGAUCCUCUCUGCCAUAGCUGUUCAAGUCCACUCUGUAACACACAGUUAAUUCCUGAGGAACGAAGAAAAUGUCAACACUGUUCAGGAGAAUCAUGCCAGAUUCCUGUUAGCAGGACCUGCCAAUCAUACACAGUCAAUGAACAGUGCUUUAUUAAGUUCGAUGAGACAGGCACAAUUUCAGAAAUGGGUUGCAAAAGUGACUACGACCCUAGUGACAUUCACGAAAUGUUAAUUUCAAAAAAGUUGUUUUUGUGUGAUGGAGAUGAUUGUAAUGCAAAUAUUCCCAGCACACAUACAUGUCGUUUGUGUAAUUCGAUUACUGACAAAUUUUGUGCAACAGAUCCACAAAAUAUUGCAACAUCAACAGCAUGCAAUCAGUUACCAAUUACCAGCUGUUAUACAAGAGUUUUGAAAAAUGGACAUACUGAACGUGGAUGUCUUUCAAGCUUAGAAGACGAUCAAUUUAUGAAAUGUUAUAAUAAUAACACAACUGAAUGCAGCAUUUGUGAUGAAAGUGUUUGUAAUGAUAAGGUUUUCCCACUGGAUCGAAUUUCUUGUCAUAUUUGCAAUUCCGCUGAAGAUAUUACAUGUGAGGAAAAUCCAAAACACAAUGACAUUUGCCACAAGUACUCAAAAGGUCAAACGUGCAUCACAACAUUAGACAAUGAAAUAACCCAUCGUGGUUGCAGUUCUGAACUGGAAUGCACAUCAAGUGACCCAACUAAAUGCCGUAAAUGCAACACUUCGGACUGUAAUGUAUUCAAUUUGAAGAGAUUAAGUGAUGCCAAACCGGGAGUAUGGCAAACUUUGCCACUCAACUGCUACACUUGCUCUGGAGAUGACUGUCAAACUAUACUCACUCGACCAAGUAUGUGCAUUGGAGAUGACAAUCAACACUGUAUGACAGUUUUUGACAAGGAUGGAAAAGUCACCCGUCGGGGAUGCAGCAUUGACGUGGAAUCAGAAUUUAGUACAUAUUGUGAUGCAAAUAGUAGUAACUGUUUUAAUUGCAAUUCGAAUGGAUGCAACAAUGCUUCCAGCCUAAAUGAAUACAUCAAUUGUAUUCACUGCGAUGGAAGGAAUAGCAAGGAUUGUGUUCAAGACUUGUCAGUUAUAUCGUCGACAGCCCGCCGUCGAUGUAACACAGCAUGCAUGGUCGCACUUCAGCCGAGAAGUGCUGAUGAACCUUCAAAAUUAGAACUGUUACGAUCAUGUCUCGAUGACAAGGACUUAGAUGACAGGGAUGCUUGUGGUAGUGAUGGAUCAAUGUGUAAAAGCUGCACAUCACAUAAUUGCAAUGAGGAUGAUGUUUUCGAUGAUCGCUUGGAGUGUUAUUCAUGUUUGAAUGAGGACUGUAAAAGUCCACAAGUGUCAAAGAAAUGUACCGUUUAUAUGGAAAAUGACAAUUGUUUUAUACUCUUCGAUCAAAACAGCGCUGUCAUCCAAACUGGUUGUACAAGUGAAUUUCAUGCUGACAAGCUCGAAGAAUCUCUCGAUAAAAUGAUCACAUGCAAGGGAAAAAAUUGUAAUGAUUUUUCCAAAAUUCCCGAGCCACAAACUUGCUACGAAUGUGAUUCGUCAGUCGAUAAAAAUUGUUCGUCAUCUCCCAAAGAUAUUGCUACUGUUAAUACUUGCAGCAGUUUGCCAAAUGUUCAGUGUUAUACAAAAAUUAGCUGGGGUACAACAACCACCAGAGGAUGUGUUUCUGAUUUAAUAAAGUCUCAACGACAAGCCUGCUUAAGUGGCAACGAUAAACUCUGUUCAACUUGUCUAGGAAAUAAAUGCAAUUCAGAGAUUUUCCCCGAAGACCGAUUGACCUGUCACAAAUGUAAUUCAAUAGACGAUCCUAAAUGUCAAGACAGCCCUGAUUCACCAACGGUAUGUCCAGUUUAUUCUGAAAGCGAAGUAUGCAGCUCAAAACUGGUUAAUGGUGUAACAUACAGAGGUUGCGGUGAUGAUUUCUUAUGCGAUGACUCUGACAAGCAGCAUUGCAAAAUGUGCAACUCCUCAAAUUGCAAUGUAGCCAAUCUCUACCAAAAUAAUAUUGGAUACCCAGGAAAUUGGCAAGAUUUGCCAAUUAAUUGUCAUACUUGUAUCGGACAGGAAUGCGAUGACAGCGCCACAACCAAACUACGCAAAUGUGAAAAUAAUAAUCUUCAAAAUUGUGUCACAGUCUUUAGUGUGGCCGGUAAAGUUGUGCAGCGUGGAUGUAGUGACAGUAUCUAUGAAGGACCUCAUGACCACCAUUGUGAUCUUUACUCUGACCUAUGCACGUAUUGUAAGUCCUCGGGUUGCAAUGAUGGCAGUAGUUUAGAUGAGUAUGUGAACUGUUUAUCUUGUGAUUCGGCAACAAAUCCAAAUUGCUCUACGAAUUUGGGUGAUAUUUCGAAAACAAGGAAAUGCAGAGGCAAGUGCAUGACAUCCUUGUAUCCGAGAUCUGAUGAAACCAAUCCAGCAUUGGAGUUGUCACGUUCUUGUUUAAAUGAUAAGGAUCUCGAUGAUCGCGCUAAAUGUGAGAGUGGGAAUGAUAAAUACUGCAAAGUCUGUCAAGGUGACAAAUGCAAUGUUGACAAACUGCCAGAAAAACGUCUUUCAUGUUCCCGUUGUAUUGGUGAUUGUGAAGAUCCAAAAGAGGCUUUUUGUCCGGCCUAUAGAGAAAAUGAUCAAUGCUAUAUUUUGUUUGACAAUACCAAUGACGUUAUUCAAAUGGGUUGCAAGAGUGAUUUUGAUAAUUCAACAUUGAAUUUACUUCGCAAGAAAAUGCUCUUCUGUGACGGUGAUAAUUGCAACACUUUUGACAUUCUUCCAACACCGCACAAAUGCUUACAAUGCAAUUCAACAGAAGAUCCUCUGUGUGCAACAAGUCCUGAUAUGUUGACCAAUAUAAACAGUUGCAAUAGUUUGCCGUAUACUUCAUGCUACACAAUGAUUCACAAUGAUGGUAGCACUGCUCGCGGAUGCAUAGCGGACUUAGAAAUGAAUACAAUUGACAAAUGUCUUGCCAACGGUAAAGAUAUCAAGUGUAAUGCUUGCGAUGUAGAAACAUGCAACAAUCAGAUUUAUCCAGAAGACCGUCAAAUUUGUUUCCGCUGUUCAUCAGAAAACGAUGAAAACUGUCAAUCCAACCCCAUCGAUUUUAGUGCCUGUCCUAUUUACCAAGAAAUCGAUCAUUGUGGUGUUGCCAUAACUGGUGAAACAACAAUUCGUGGUUGUAGCUUAGAGUUGAAUUGCAAUGGCGAAGAUCGUGAAACUUGUCGUCUCUGCACGGAAAACAACUGUAAUACGGUCGAUCUACUGUCAAAUUAUAUUGGCAAACCAGGCAUGUGGCAAGAUCUGCCACUUAAUUGCUACACAUGUGAAGGAUCUGCCUGUCAGAAUUCAAAUGGAAUUCCAAAAAUGUGUGAAAAUAAUAACUUGCAAAAGUGUGAGACCGUAUUUGACAGCACGGAAGUAGUUUUGCGUCGUGGUUGUAGCGACGAUGUUGCAAAAACACACGGUGAUUAUUGUGACACAAAUAGUGGCUAUUGUCAACAAUGUAAAUCAUCAGGUUGUAACAAUGUUACAAGACUCAGUGAUUAUGUGAAUUGUGCUUUCUGUGAUUCGUCAACCAAUCCAAACUGUGUUCUCAAUCCAACUAUUGAAGGUAUAAAGACCCGUAAGUGCAACCAGCAAUGUAUGGCAGCUCUAUUCCCAAGGUCCUCGGAGGAGGAUCCCUCAUACGAAUUGACGCGUACGUGUCUUGAUGACAAGGACUUGGACGAUAGGCAAACUUGUCUCGAUGGCAACGACCCCUUCUGUAAGACAUGCAGUGGCUCGAAUUGCAACGACUUUGAAUUCCCACUCGAGCGACACGAGUGUUUGUCAUGCCGUGGUGAAGAAUGUGAAGAUGCUCAGAAAAAAACAUGCGUGACGUAUCAUCCAAAUGAUCAAUGUUACAUUUUGUUUGACAAUUCAAGUACAGUUAUUGCAAUGGGAUGUCGUAGUGAAUACGAGCAUGCUGCUGUCACAGAUCUAAUCAAGUCUAAGCAACUUCUUUUAUGUGAUGGCAAAAAUUGUAAUACUUAUGAGAGCAUUCCGUCGAAACAAUCCUGCGUAGUUUGCAAUUCUGAAACUGACCCACAAUGCGCUACAAAUCCUAAUUUAAUUGUUGACGCGGAUACUUGCUCAGAGCUUCCAUAUACAGGAUGCUUUACUCUUAUUAAUGAAAAUGGUGAUACCGUACGCGGCUGUCAAUCGGCCCUUGCGAGCACUGCGUUUUACGAAUGUCAUACUCAAUCAAACUCAUUAUGCAGUACUUGCGUUGGAAACAAAUGCAAUAAGGAAAUAUAUCCAGCUAAUCGAACAACAUGUCACCGUUGCAAUUCACUGGAUGACACCGAGAACUGUGCAACUACGCCACUCAGCAACCAAGUCUGCCCCAAAUUUAUCGAAAAUCAAUCUUGCGUGACAAACUACGCAAAUGGCAUAACAUACCGUGGCUGUUCAUCAGAACUGUCAUGUGAUGCGUCAGAUAAAAAAACAUGUCGCAUCUGUUCAACUUCGGCUUGUAAUACUGUCAACUUAGAACAUGUUGCAAAGGAUGGCGAACCAGGCAAAUGGCAAGAUCUACCAAUAAAAUGUCAAACAUGCAAGGACGCCACAUGCAAGCAGACUCCAGUUCCCGUGGAAAGUUGCUCAAAUAAUAACCUUCAAAACUGCAUGACAGUAUUCAAUACUCAAGGCGAAGUUAUCCAAAAAGGUUGUAGUGAUUCGGUUAACCAAGUUCACGAAACCUAUUGUGAAGAGAAUUUUGACAGAUGCUUCCGCUGUAACUCGAAUGAAUGCAACAAAGCCACCACAACAGAUGAUUAUGUCAAAUGUUUGUCGUGUGACACUAGCACUAAUGCCUCGUGUGUGACGGACCCAGAAUCGUGGAAGAUUACCAGAACAUGUUUCAAGGGAUGUAUGACUGCACUUUAUCCUAAAUCAAUAGAAGACGAUCCAGCUUAUGCAACCACAAGGUCAUGUUUGGAUGACAAAGAACCAGCCGAUCAGCAAACAUGCACAAAUGGAUCGGAUGAACUAUGCAAAUCGUGCGUGGGUAAAGAGUGCAAUAAAGACAUCAUUCCGAAUGACCGUCGAAGCUGUUAUCAUUGUUCUGGGGAAGAUUGCACACUGCCAGAAAAGAAACUCUGUACUGAUUAUAGAAAGAACGAUCAAUGUUCGUUGUUGAUUGACGACCAGAAUAACAUCAUUGAAGCUGGUUGCAAGAGCGAUUUCACUAUCGAUCAAGCCAUAACUCUGAUUAAGUCUAAACGGCUAUUACUCUGCGAUGGAAAUGAUUGCAACACGUAUGAUUCAAUACCAGAAAGUCAAUCUUGCAGCUUAUGUAAUUCUAAAACUGACACACGCUGUGCCUCCGAACCAAAUUCUGUCUCUAGCUCUACUCAGUGCAGUCGACUGCCCUACACCCAGUGCUAUAGUCGAGUUUUGAAUGAUGGCGCAACUGAACGUGGAUGUUUAUCCAGCUUGGAGGAAAAUGAAUUCUACGACUGUCUUAUCGGAAAUUCAACAACAUGUAAAUCCUGUGUGGGUGACAAAUGCAACAAGGAAAUCUACCCUCCUGAACGUAGGGCUUGCCAUAUUUGCGAUUCUGAUUCGGAUCCCAAGUGUCACGAGGAACCUAAUAGCCUUGGAAUAUGCCCGAAAUAUGUUGAAAAUGACUCCUGUGUUACUUCGUUCGUUGCUGGAACAACUCACCGUGGCUGUAAAUCAGAUAUUCAAUGUGAUGAAUCUGACCGGAAAAAGUGCAAGAUCUGUUCCGCCGCAGAUGGUUGUAAUACUGUUAAUUUAGAACGCAGGCAAGACGAUAACUAUGGCAAAUGGCAAGAUCUCCCACUUGAGUGCUAUGAAUGCAAGGGAAAUGAAUGCAAUGGACAACUUGGUCAAGCCAAGAAAUGUCAGAAUAACAACGAACAGGAUUGUUCGAUGGUCUAUGAUAGUGCAGGAAACGUCAUCCGUCGUGGAUGUAGUGACGACAUUGAUGAGGAAUAUGAGGAAUACUGUGAUGCGAAUCCCAGACUUUGCUUGAAUUGCAAGUCCAAUAGCUGUAAUGGUGUUAUAGGUCUCAGUGAACUCAACGAAUGUGUUUAUUGUGAUUCAAGCAAAAAUAAGUCUUGUGUAACCAACCCCAAAUCUGUUCUUAAGACCCGGCUAUGUAAUCGUAGUUGCAUGACAACAUUAUAUCCCUCAGAUUCAAGCUCAAAUCCAGCUUAUGAACUAAUUAGAACGUGUUUGAGCGAUAAGGAAAUAGAAGACCAACAGAAUUGUAAUGGACCCCAUUGCAAAACUUGUCAAAGUGGCCGUUGCAACAUUGAUGACAUUCCCACAGAUCGUCUGCGCUGUCACUCUUGUCUUAGCGACAACUGCGAAAGUUCUGUAUCCGAAUUGUGUCCUUUGUACAAAGAGGGUGAUCAAUGUUUCGUUAGGUUUGACAGUUCCAAUAGUAUUGCCGAAAUGGGUUGCUUGAGUGCAUUUAGAAAUCAAAACCUCACUGAUAUUUUGAAGACAAAACGCGUUUAUAUUUGUGAUGGAAGUGAUUGUAAUUCCCCAGACAAAUUACCACAAACACAAAAAUGUGUAGUAUGUGACUCAUCGGAUGAUGUUAAUUGUGCAAUAAAUGCUCAUCAAAUCGGAACUGUUAGCUUGUGUAAUUCCCUGCCGUAUCCCAACUGUUUUACGAAAAUAGCUUCUGAUGGCACAACUCACCGAGGCUGUUUAGCUGAUCUUUCUUCAGAUGAAUUUGUCAGUUGUAUUCUUUCAGGAGGUGACAAAUGCUCUCAUUGCCUUGGCGAUGGAUGCAACAAAAAGAUUUUCCCUGAAUCCCGACUUCAAUGUUACUCUUGCAGUUCAGAAACCGAUCCUGAUUGUGAGGAUAUUCCAACAAAAUUGUCAAGCUGUCCUUAUGUAAGAGACAGUGAGAAGUGUGUAACUGCAUUGGGAGGUAAUCGAACAGAACGUGGUUGUACUUCUCAAUUGCUCUGUGAUACCACAGACAAGAGCACUUGCCGACACUGCUCCUCAAGCGGUUGUAAUACACUUAACUUGAUAGACCGCAAGGAAGACAAAAAUCAUGGAAUGUGGCAAAACCUUCCUCUUAAAUGCCAUAAUUGCACCGGUUUCGGGUGCUCAAACUCACUGGGGCCAGCUGUUGCUUGUUUAGAUGGCGAACAACAAGAUUGUAUGACUGUUUUCAAUGAAAGAGGAAAAGUGGUGCGUCGAGGAUGUGCGUUCGAAGUCGAGGACGAAAAAGAUCUCUAUUGUCGCAAGAACCCAAACAAUUGUAUUAGUUGCAAGUCAAACGAAUGCAAUGACGCUUUUGACCUAAAUGACUUUGAAACUUGUGCUUAUUGUAAUUCUGAGACGGAUGCCUCUUGUGUGACCCGACCGGAACGUGGCAGCUUUGAUGCAAGAAAAUGUCAAAAUGGUUGUAUGGCAGCAUCGUUCAUUGCUGCAAAUGGAACAACUCAAGUUAUACGAACAUGUCUAGACGAUAAAGAAAUUCAAGAUCGACAUAAAUGCUCUGGCGAAUUCGAGGCCAAUAGUGACUGCUCAAGCUGCAGCGGUGACAAUUGUAACUUAUUUAAGUAUCCCAAAGAUCGUUUGACUUGUAAUGUUUGCGAGGGAUCCAAUUGUGCCGACAAAAAUGAAGAAUAUUGUGCAGCCUACAUCAAAAAUGACAAAUGCUAUGCAAAAUACGAAAACAACGAAGUAGAACUUUCGGGAUGUUCGAGUGACAUUGACGAGUUGGCUCUACAAGAAUGGAGAGAAAAGAACCAACUUUAUGAAUGUUCGUCGGAUAAUUGUAACGUUAAGGACGGACUUCCGGUUUCUAAAAGUUGCGUUGCUUGUGAUUCAAGCAAGGACGUAGAAUGUGCAACUCAUCCAUCAAUUAUCAACAGCACAGAAAUCUGCAACGCACCCAUUACUGAAUGUAUGAUGAGAAUCACAUCAAACACAGUAACACAACGUGGUUGUUUGAAUAGACUGGCCUACAAUGAGCAGGCUGUGUGCGGCGCUAGUGGUUCGGAAUUAUGUGAAACAUGUGACGGCAACAAGUGUAAUACCAAGAUAUAUCCAAGUGGCAGACGAUCUUGCUAUAUUUGUCAAUCUGACAAGCAUGACAACUGCGUUAAGGACCCAACAAUGAUUUCAAUAUGUCCCAACUAUUCACAAAACAAUCAAUGUGUUACGAAAUUUGAUGGAAAAAUCACAGAACGUGGCUGUACAACAGAACUGACAUGUGAUGUCAACGAUGACGAACAUUGUCGAAUUUGUAAUAUCGACGGUUGUAACACACACCAAUUGGACGGAGUUGGAACUAUAUUUGCUAAUAAUAUUUUGCUGACAUUAUUGGUGGCAAUUGUUGGAUUGAGAGGUGUGACAAGCCAUUGUUUAUAAAGGCGAAUAUACUAAUAUUUACCUAAGCUGUACAGAAUUCGAGAUAACACAGUUUUGCUGUUU